GGCGCUACGUGGUGACGGACCCACGGAAGUGACGCGCCUGUCUGCCAGCUGAGCCGUAGAACAAGAUGGCGGACUCCUUAGCAGCGGCUCAGGGAGAGGAGAGCGAACCGGAGAAAGAGGGCAGCGAGAGACGGAUGGAGGGAGGUAGUGAGAGCCGGGGGUCGAAGGAGACCUCCGAGGUGACGGAGACGCUGGGGUUUUACGACAAGAAGAAAGUCCAGAAGGACAAGAAACGGAGUCUGUCUGAUCUGUCCCUAGUGAGGUUCAUGGGGGCGGAGCUGACCCGAGGAUACUUCCUGGAACACAAUGAGGCUAAAUACACAGAGAGACGAGAGAGGGUCUAUACCUGCCUCCGCAUCCCCAAAGAACUAGAGAAGUUGAUGCUGUUUGGCUUCUUCCUGUGUCUGGAUGCCUUCCUGUACGUGUUCACUCUGCUUCCUCUCAGAGUCCUACUGGCCCUCGUCCAACUACUGACCCUGCCCUGCUGUGGUCUGAGGGGCUCUCCUCUCCUCCAGCCAGCCCAGGUCUGUGACGUGUUGAAGGGGCUCAUCAUGGUUUUGUGUUACGUCAUGAUGAGCUACGUGGAUUACAGCAUGAUGUAUCACCUGAUCAGAGGACAGUCUGUCAUCAAACUCUAUAUUAUCUACAACAUGCUGGAGGUAGCAGACAGGCUGUUCUCUUCGUUUGGGCAGGACAUUCUGGACGCUCUCUACUGGACCGCUACAGAACCCAAAGAGAAGAAGAGAGCUCACAUAGGAGUUGUUCCUCACUUCCUCAUGGCUGUUCUAUAUGUCUUUCUCCAUGCUAUCCUCAUCAUGGUCCAGGCCACUACUCUGAACGUUGCCUUCAACUCCCACAACAAGUCUCUGCUCACCAUCAUGAUGUCUAACAAUUUCGUGGAGAUCAAAGGAAGUGUUUUUAAGAAGUUUGAGAAGAACAACCUCUUUCAGAUGUCUAACAGUGAUAUAAAGGAGAGGUUCACUAACUAUGUUCUGUUACUGAUUGUCUGUCUACGGAACAUGGAGCAAUUCUCAUGGAACCCUGACCACAUGUGGGUGCUGUUUCCUGACGUCGUCAUGGUGAUAGCGUCUGAGGUCACCGUGGACGUCGUCAAGCACGCCUUCAUCACCAAGUUUAACGACAUCACUGCAGACGUGUACGGGGAGUACCGCGCCAGCCUGGCGUUCGACCUCGUCAGCAGCAGACAGAAAAACGCCUAUACAGACUACAGUGACUCAGUCUCCAGGAGAAUGGGCUUCAUCCCUCUUCCUUUAGCUCUGCUGUUGAUCAGGGUGGUGACCAGCUCAGUGAAGAUCCAGGGAUCUCUCUCCUUCAUGUGUGUUCUUCUCUUCUACCUGGGGAUGAUCUCUCUGAAGGUACUGAACAGUAUCGUGUUGCUGGGGACGUCCUGUAUGUUCGUCAAAGAAGCCAAUAUGGAGGAGAAGCUGUUCCAGUCUCCCCCCUCUGCUGCCUCCAGCCGCUCCAACUCUAGAGCACACAGACCCACACACACCUCCCCCCCAGGUGAGCCAAUCGUAGACGAGGGGGCCGUGUCUUCAGCGUCAGUCACUUGUCAGCCAACGAACCACCAGCAAGAGAGUCCCGCCUCCACUCUGCCAACCAGCCAAUCAGACGAUCACUUCCUGACCACGCCCGACGGCGAGGACGGCGACAAGGACAUCUCCGCGGCAACGGGAGAGGAAGGAGAGGGGCUUAAACAUAGAAACCCCGCCCCCAAGAAAGACUUAUUGGAGAUCGACCGUUUCACUAUCUGUGGAAACCGCAUCGACUGACACACACACACACACACACACACACACACACACACAC